UUUUUUAAUUCUUUCAAUUGUAAAUAAUAGUCAAAACGUAAUAAUAAAAUAAAACAUUUUUGUAUCAACAAUCAAGUGGAUACAAGAUAUAAGCAAGAUAUAAGUGGGACAAGAUAUAAGCAACAAAGAUGGCUCGGCAACCUCCAAACUACGAGCUUCUGUCAGAAGAAAAGACAAAGGAAAUGUUAAAGCUCUUUAAAGGCGAAAGAACUGGAUUUGUUCUUGUCGGUCCGAAAAAAUAUUUUUUCCCGUUUAGAUACAUAGAACAAGCUGAAGGCUUCUAUAAUUUUAAAGCUAGAUCAGAUGACACAUGGUUGUUGUCGCAUCCAAGAUCGGGAACGACUGUGAUGCAAGAGCUCAUAUGGCUGUUGGCAAACGAUUUGAAUUUUGACGUAGCAAAAAAGCGUCUACUUACUGAAAGGUUCCCAUUUUUUGAAUUCAGUUUAUUUAAUCAUCCUGAAGUGACCCAAGAAUUUCUUCUUUUCAACAAAGAUGACACAGUAAAGCAACAAUUGUGUCGGGAAAUAGCUUUGCCCGGUUAUAAAGUUAUCGCUGAAAUGCCAUCACACACACCUAGAUUUAUAAAAAGCCAUUUUCCGUUCAGUAUGUUACCUGGACUUUUAGAUGUUGGUUGUAAGAUUGUGUACAUAGCUCGCAACCCCAAAGAUGUUGUGUCUUCAUGGUAUCACCUUAAUCGCUCAAUUUCGACGCAAGGGUUUUUGGGUGACUUUUCUACCUUUUUCGAGUAUUUUCUAAAUAAUUUAACGCCUUGGUCGCCGUAUUGGGAACAUCUAAAAGAAGCCUGGAAUUUGAGGAAUUCAAAAAAUAUUUUAUUCUUAUUUUAUGAGGAGGUGAUACACGAUUUUCCAAAAACAAUUAAGAAAGUAGCAAAAUUUUUGGGUAAAACAUACACUCUCUCUGAUGAAGAAAUUAACAAGCUGACAAAUCAUCUCAAUAUCCAAAAUUUUAGAAACAAUCCGAUGGUGAAUUACUCUGAGUUGAAGGCUUGUAAAAUAAUUAAGGAUAAUUCUUUUAUUAGAAAAGGAGGAAAUGGGAAUUCGGAAGACAUUUUCACUCCAGAAUUAAAUGUAAAAAUAGAGAAAUGGAUCGAAGAAAAUCUUAAAGAUACUGAUCUACGUUUUCCGUCUUUCAACACUUAA